UCUUCAAUAUCGCUCAUGUCUUUUGAUCCAUUCCCAUGUAAUGACAGAACGGAAUUUUCGUAAUGAGAUAUUCCAUCCCUCCCCACUUCCUUAAAUGCUCAUUCAUGAUCUCUUUCAUCAAUCAGUACUACACACACACUCUCUCUCUCUCUCUCGACUGUUUUUUUUCUCUCUCUAAAUCCAUGGAAGACAUAGAUGAGGAGGAGGAGUUUCUGAAUCUUAGCCUUGCAAUUGUUACAAGUUCAGGGAAGGAGAGAUUUAAGAAGAGAAAGAGAUCAAGAGACGAUGGUAUUGCUAAUAGUAUUUUGGUGAGCCCUCUAAACUCGUAUGAAGGUUGUGAAGGGAAGAUAUUUAGGCUUCUUCAAAUGAGGGAACAAAUGCUAAAAAAACUAGACCUUCACAAGAAGAAAGGUGUUGCUCUUGAUGGUGAAGAUGGAAGGGGCCUCCACCUGAUCCACAUGUUGCUCAUAACAGCCACCGCAGUUAACGAAAACAAUGUCGGCUCAGCCUUGGAGCAUCUCACUGAGUUAUACAAGAUUGUUUCCUUAUGCGGUGACUCUGUCCAACGAGUAGUGGCUUAUUUUGCCGACGGCUUAGCUGCAAGGCUUCUCACUCGAAAAUCGCCCUUUUAUGACAUGAUCAUGAAGGAACCGACGAGUGAAGAAGAGUUUGUAGCGUUCACCGCUCUCUACCGGGUCUCUCCGUACUACCAGUUUGCUCAUUUCACGGCAAACCAAGCAAUCAUUGAGGCAUUUGAGAAGGAACAAGAGAAGAACAAUCGUGCAUUACAUGUUAUUGAUUUUGAUGUCUCCUAUGGAUUUCAGUGGCCUUCUCUUAUACAGUCUCUGUCCGAGAACGCAAGCAGUAGCAAUCGUAUAUCGCUCAGAAUAACGGGGUUCGGAAGAAGCGUGGAUGAGCUACGUGAAACGGAGAACAGACUGACAAGCUUCUCAAAGGGGUUUCGGAAUCUUGUUUUUGAAUUUCAAGGGUUGUUGAGAGGCUCAAAGCUCAUAAACUUGAGAAAAAAGAGAAACGAAACAAUUGCUGUGAAUUUGGUUUUUCAGUUGAAUACAUUGAGCAAUAAUUUGAAGAUAUCUGACUUGUUAAAAUCUGUACAUUUACUCAACCCUUCCAUUGUAAUCUUGGUUGAACAAGAAGGGAGCAAAAGUCCUCGAAGUUUCUUAUCGAGAUUCAUGGAGUCUUUGCAUUAUUUUGCAGCCAUGUUUGAUUCUUUAGAUGAUUGUCUGCCAUUAGAGAGUGCUGAAAGGUUGAGCAUUGAGAAGAACCACCUUGGAAAAGAGAUCAAAAGCAUGCUCAAUUACGACAAUAACAACGAUGAGAAUUGUCCGAAAACUGAAAAGAUGGAAACAUGGAAGACGAUGAUGGAGAGUCAGGGUUUUGAAGGAAUAAAUCUAAGCUCUAAGUCCAAGAUACAAGCAAGACUUCUUUUGAAAAUUAGGACUCACUAUUCUCCACUUGAGUUUGAUGGAGAGAGUAGUGGAGCUGCAGCUGGGUUCAAGGUUUUCGAAAGAGACGAUGGAAGGACAAUAUCUCUUGGGUGGCAAGACAGGUAUCUGCUUACAGUUUCUGCAUGGCACUGCACUGUAUCAUAAAUAUGUAUAUAUUUAUCUUCUAACACAUUCAUUAUUUUUGGAAUCUCUUCUUCUUCAGAUACAAUAACUUUGAAUUUAAGCAAUUAUUGUUUGCUGAUUAUCAUAUAUAUCAGAUUGACUCUUUACACUAAUAUUGUAUCCACUAUUCUAAAAAUCCUCGCAUAGGCACUAGACGGCUAGCUAGCAUCUCAAUUAAUUCUCAUGCGUUUGAAAAUUAAGAAAGGGCACCUAGAUGCAAG